GCUAAAGUUUCCACUUUUUAGAACUGCCCGUUUGAAAUUUAUUCAGCUGCAAACGGAACAUUCUCCCUUCACUCCAUAGCGGAAAACUAACAUCUUCUCCAAAUUUAGAGCGUUCGAGAAAAGCUCAUAUUUUCUUCAAAUUUUCGAAGCCAGCUAUGGAUGGACCUGACAAUGAGAGUUUAAAUGGUUGAGAGGAGAACUAAAAGCGGAAAUCGGGGGUCUGCGUGUUGUGGGUCCAGCCCAUUUUUGUUUGGGUUCCAUUUUUCUUUGUGGGGCUCAAAUAAGAGGAAAGUUUUUUCUUUACUUGACUAAUAAAAAGGAGAAAAAAGGGCUGGGCAGUGGUGGACUUACGGACAGAGCAGAAAGAAAAAUAAAAACAGAAUAGAGAGAGGGAGAAGGGCUGGUCCAGAAUUUUCAGACCAGCCACACAAAUCCGAUCAUCGCCGGAGAUCCGACCGUUGGAUUGAGCUGAAACUUUCAGAUAUUGUUCCCAACACUUAGGGCUUCAAUCUGUUCAAUUUUCACAUCAAUCGGAGCUACGGAUCUUCUGUAAUCGCAGCUGGUGCAUCACUGCGUUUUUGGGUGAUAUCUCUGAUUUUUCUUGUAUGUUGUUGUUGGUGGGCUGUGACAUCCUUGUAGACUGAGUUUGGGUGUUUUUACCCUCAAUUUGCAUAAUAAGAGAAGAAGAGGGUGAGAUGUAUGCUUAAGAUGUCCAAUCUUCCUAAGUCAUUUUGGGGAGAAGUAGUUGGAACCGUUGUGUACUUGAUAAACAAAGCGCCAUCAGUUCCUUUGGAGUUUGAUAUUCCUGAGAGAGUUUGGUUUGGGAAAGAUCCUUCUUAUUCCCAUUUGAAGGUGUUUGGAUGCAAGGCCUUCAUGCAUGUACCGAAGGAACAGAGAUUGAAGCUUGACUUCAUGACUUCUCCUUGUGUGUUUGUUGGAUAUGGUGGUGAAGAGUUUGGUUACAGGCUUUAUGAUCCAGCAAAGAAAAGAGUUGUGAGGAGUAGAGAUGUUGUAUUUUACGAGCACGAGAUGGGUUUUCAUCUCUUAGGUGCUGGUAAUACUUAUUAUCCUGAUUUAUCUCAUGGUGCUAUUGAUAUGUCUCAUGUUUCUGUUCCAGAUGUUCAACAAACAGGUGAUGCUCCCAAUGAUGGUCAUGAAAAUACUCACGAACAUGACCGUAUUGAAGAGGUACAACCAGAGAUUGUGGCACAACCUGAUGAUGAAGAUAUUGAAGUUGAAAGUGGAGAGUCUUCUAAUCAGGGGGAGCAAAACAGCCCACAGGUGGAAGAGCCAACAUUGAGAAGGUCAACCGGAGUUCGACAACCUUCAAGACUUUAUCCAAGUUCAGAAUAUAUCCUAAUCACUGAUGAGGGGGAGCCUGAAAGCCUUAAAGAGGUCUUGUCACAUCCAGACAAAGACCAUUAGCUGAAGGCUAUGCAAGAGGAGAUGAAUUCUUUGAAGAAGAAUCAAACAUAUGACUUGGUAUGUCUUCUUGACGUGGUUUGCGCAUGAUCUUCCCCAAAUUGGGAUGGAGGGGGAGAUAGAUUGUUGUGGGUCCAGCCCAUUUUUGUUUGGGUUCCAUUUUUCUUUGUGGGGCUCCAAUAAGAGGAAAGUUUUUUUCUUUACUUUGUUGACUAAUAAAAAGGAGAAAAAAGGGCUGGGCAGUGGUGGACUUACGGACAGAGCAGAAAGAAAAAUAAAAACAGUAUAGAGAGAGGGAGAAGGGCUGGUGCAGAAUUUUCAGACCAGCGGCACAAAUCCAAUCAUCGCCGAGAUCCAACCGUUGGAUUGAGCUGAAAUUUUCAGAGAUAGUUCCCAACACUUAGGGCUUCAAUCUGUUCAAUUUUCACAUCAAUCGGAGCUACGGAUCUUCUGUAAUCACAGCUGGUGCAUCGCUGCGUUUUUGGGUGAUAUCUCUGAUUUUUCUUCUCUAUUGUUGAUGGCUCUUAUGUAUGUUGUUGUUGGUGGGCUGUGACAUCCUUGUAGACUGAGUUUGGGUGUUUUUACCCUCAAUUUGCAUAAUAAGAGAAGAAGAGGACGGACUCCCUAUAAGUCCCGUGGUUUUUAUCCUUCACAUCGAAGGGGUUUUCCACGUAUAAAAAUCGUGUGUCGUUUGUAUCUUUAUUCUUCAUAUUUGGUUGUGGUUUAUUUGAUGCGUUGUUGAUUUUGUGUGCUUGGUGAAUCAUUUGUGGUAAUUUGGGUCAAGAGUGUUUGGUUGGUUGUCUUGAAGUUGAUCCUUGUAGGUGUCGUAUCCUACUUGUUGCUUCCCCCCCCCAACACUGCGUGCACACAUGUUACUGAAAUCCCACUUUUUGGGAUAUUACUGGAAAAUUAGUUAAUAAUCUAUUCACUUACUAAAUUGUCCUUAUAUAAUAUUCUCAAACUAGCACCACACUAAUAACCUGAGCUUUCUUCGAUCUUCCUAAAUCCACCAACCGCCACCCUCCUCUUUGAUAAUCUCAGCCUUCGAUCUUCCUUAUUCUCAAACCAACCACAAUCACGUCUCCCCUUCCCAGCUGCCGCGUGUGCCACCUCCAUCUACAUCUUAGUGUUUUUUUUUCUAACCAAGCCAACUUCUGUGUCUUAGGCAUGCUGUUGCCAUCAUCAAACCUCCCCUUCCUUGCCACCGCUUGACACACGCCACUCCAAGCAUGUGCCCCCACGCUUUCAAUCCCUUUUCUAGAUUGGUUUACAGCUGAAGUAGGCUGUGAAUUAGGGUUAGAUAAAAACUACGAAUCUGUAAUCAUGGAAGAAGAGCAUCUUGAUAUAUUCUUAUUAAUAAUACUUUAAUACGCUCUCUGUUUCAUAUCUUCUCGUUUUGACUUGGCAGGUGUUUUAAUGUAAGAUCAAAGAAUGUUUGACUUUCAAUUUUUGUCAUUCUGUAGUAAAUUGUAGAGAAAUUUAAGAAAGGUGAAUAGUAAAAACAUAAGGGAAAGUGGUCAUUAGUAGUAAAAAGGCAAAUAGUCU